CCGAGGGGGACGGACGCCGGUGUCCCAAAACCCGCCGGUGACUUCUUCAAAAAACCGGAGGGGCCGUCGGCGGGCCCAAGCGCUGAUGCUGCUGCUGCCGCCAAAAGGAAGGGCUCGGGCAGAGAUCCCGAGGGCAAGAAGCCCAAGACCGGGGAUGCCGGGAAGAAAUCCCCCCCGGUGAUCAUUGUUGAUGAAGGCCCUGCCCCCGGGCCAGAUGAGGACAUGCAGGUGGCGAAGGUGCCGUCGGGAGUUCAGGGGCCAUCUUCCGAGGUCCUCAUGGUUUCUCUCCCGGCUGGUACGGCCGUGAUGAAUGGUACCGCCGACCCGAGGGCGCUUCUGCGAGGCAUCACCCUCGAGAUUGACAGGGUUGCCCUCGGGGCUGAUGAAGACGAAGCCCUCGAGGACAGGAUCCUCCGGUCCUCCCUUACAACCUGCAUUGCCCUCGGGGAGCAAGCCCGGCGGCUAGAGGAGUGGCGCCUUCGCAAGGCCGAGCAGGAGGCCAAGAUGCGGGAGCUCAUCCGCCAGAAUGCAGACGCUGUGCGGCAGAUGGCCAUGCUGGAGGAGAGCCUUCGGCAGAUGACCCUGCGAGCGGAGGCCGCGGAUCGGGGUAGGGCAGAAGCCGAGAGGUCCGCAGCUGAGGCCUUGGAGAAGGCUGCCAAGGAAGCCGAGGCCGCGAAGGUCGAAGCCGUCG